AUGUCAUCUCCUCCUGCACCUGUACCAGUCACAUCGUCUGAACAGGCUACUCAGACAUCUCCGCCAGUUACAGUUAUAAAUACCCCAGAGCGAUCACUUGAGCCGGCUGCUCCCCACCAACCUGAACAAGAAACAGUAAUCGACGAUGAUUCUGCCUUGAGCGCCGGAGUCGACUCAUCGACAGCAUCUGUUGCUUCAAGUAUCUUAGAGUAUCGAAAGUUUAAGGGAAGGUCGUACCAUUCUACCUACCACGACAGUAGCUAUCCUAUUCCCACUGACGAACAAACUCUCGAGAACUUUGAUCUGAUGCACCACUUUUUGACACUUCUUACUGACGAUAAGCUGUAUCUGGCACCUAUAAAGGACGAUGUCCAGAAAGUGCUAGAUGUUGGAACGGGAACAGGAAUUUGGGCGAUAGACUAUGCUGAUGAACACCCAAAUACCGCUGUCAUCGGUACGGAUUUAUCCGCCGUACAGCCAGACUGGGUACCCCCUAAUCUCAAGUUUGAGAUCGAUGACUGCACUAAGUCUUGGACUUGGGACGCAAAUACCUUUGACUUUGUGCAUAUGCGUUACUUGUUUGGCGCUAUCAGAGACUGGACCGCUCUCUUCAAGGAGGCAUACAAUGCAGUCAAGCCAGGAGGCUGGGUCGAGUCCUGUGAGUCCGAGCCCAUGACACAUAGCGACGAUGGAACCGUAACGGAUGACGGAUCAACUGCGCUGGGAGGAACCUGGGAUAAGAUGUUCAUCGAGGGAGGCAAAGCCACUGGAUGCUCUUUGUCUGUCCUUACAGAAGAUCUUCAAAUGAAGGCUAUGAAAGAAGCUGGCUUCGUGGACAUCCAAGAAACCUUCUAUAAGAUACCAUUCGGUUCAUGGCCCAAGGACCCCAAGAUGGCGGAGAUCGGCCAGUAUGCGAAGCUCAGCCUGGAAUCUGACCUUGUUGGAUAUUCGCAAAUGAUUUGGCAUGAAGUUCUGAAGUGGCCAGCUGAGGAAUAUCAGAUUUUCCUGAUGCAGGUGCGAAAGGAUCUUCGGAACAAGAAACUUCACCCUUACUUCAAGGUUCGCUUUGUCUGGGGCCGAAAGCCUGAGACCGAACAUAAGUGA